AUGAAUGAUAUGAUUCAAUGGUCGUCAUCAUCAUCAAAUCAUCGAAAAUGGUGGCGAUUCGAUCAACGGAUGAUCUACACUAUAGUUUGUCUUUUGUUGGCACUGCUGACAGUUUCAUCAUCAUCAACAUUGGAUAAUACAAAAUAUAAUAAUAAUAAUAGAAAUAAUAAUAAUAAUAAUAAGAUUAUAUUUGAUGAUUCAUUGUCAUCUCAGUUUAAUGAUUUUAGUUGGGGUAAAUAUGAAUUGGUUGAUACACCUACCAAUCGUGGAUCGAAAUCUAUUGCCUUCCAAUGUAAUGAUUUCCAUACCCUCUAUUUUACAAGCAAAAAUCGAUUUGAUAUUUCAUUAUAUUCAGGAAUUUCAUUUUAUGUUUAUCCAUCGGAUCAAAAUAAUAUACCACAUAUAACUGUUCAAUUGAUUCCAGCUUAUUUCUAUGUUGGAGGAAAUCAUCGACUGUCAGAACACCAAGCCAGUUUAAAGCUUUUUUCAAAAUCUAAUCCUGCUCAAUCAUGUACAGGACUUUCAACUCUAACUCCAAAUAAUUGGACCAAAUCAUUUAUAGGAAUACCAAAUGAUGGAAAAGAAUAUGAUGGAUUUAAAAUAGCUUGUGAUCAAUCUCAAGGAUAUACAAUAUACAUUGAUGAGAUACAAUUUGAAUCUUUGGAAUACACUACCACCUCUUCAAAUUCGGUCAAGACACAACAAGAAAAGAUGGAGAUUAUUCAUGCCAAGCAAAAACAUCAUCGUUCGAUGAUGAGACAACUGGUCAAUGCGACGACACCACUACUUUUAUCGGGGAAAAUAUAUAGAGCUACAGAGUCUGAGGCGUGGGAGAGUUUGGGCGGACAGAACGGAGGCCACUCAUUUUGGACCAACGACAAGGCGCUGUUUGGCGUCAACGCAUGGAGCUUUGUCGAUCAAAAGGGUGGACACUUGCACGUGUUGGAGAAUGGCGACCUUGUGUUGACUGGCGAGAUCUAUCCCAUCAAUCGCGGCCACGAUCUAUUUGUCGGGUCGUCAUGUAACACUUGGAAGGUGCGACUAGAGUUUAAACGCACCAGCAAAGUGCCGUCAUCGCCAAUGAUGGAGUUGGAUCCAGAGUCGUAUGCAGAGAUGGGUGGAGUAAUCGAUACUUCGUUGUGGACGUAUUACGAGUUGGUCGGUGGCGAAAACUCCACGUGGACGGGCAGCAACUGUAACACGGGUAAAAGAAUCCGGUUCCUUUCGACGCUGUUUGGCAUGCCCCUUCAAAUUGGGUGGGGUGCCAACGGAAAGAACUCGCGUUAUGGGUUGUCGACAGUCCUCCAAUUUGAAACACCCAAUGAUGGAUUCCUACAAGAGUUUCCAAUCGAGAUUACUCUCAACCUAGACUCAAAUGAUUUAUCAAUUGAAUCGGAGAAAUCUUACUCUUUCUCGUCAUCAACCCAAACACCAAUCCCAUCUCGUUCAAGUAAAAAAGUGUUUAGUUCAUAUAUGCAUUCUAUUUACGACACGUAUUGGCCAGUUACAGAGUUGGCACCUUCAUUAGAACAAUUUGGAGUGGCAGACCACCAAAAACACCCAAGGUUAAAGCAUCAUCGUCAUCAUGGUCAGCACUAUGAAUUGUCACAGCCAAAAUGUAUGAUUCCACCAAAGUUUGCUUCGGCUGACAAGUGCUGUGCACCUCUAGUGUCGCCUGCGACGGCUGAACCUCUUUUGACACCUCGUCCAUAUCGCGUGUGUCCAGAGACACCUUCACCUACGACACCGUCGGCCAAGCUUGCUAUUGGAGGUCACGUGUUUGUAGACUACAACAAUAAUGGUCGUUUUGAUACUGCCGGCUUUGAACCAGGGUCUCCCUUGGUGUUGGUGUAUCUUGUGGAUGAGAAUGGACACUAUGUCUACGAUGCCAAUGGUAACUUUGUACGUCCCAUCCUCACCAAUCCAAGCGGUGAAUAUUGGUUUGACAAUUUGAUUCCUGGUCUCUACCGAAUCAUCCUCGCCGACAUUCCAACGAACCACCAUCUCACUGGUAAGGGUCCGUACGCCAUCAACGAUGCCACCAGAAUAUCAACUAUCAUCACUGUUGGAUUUGACAAGACUGGGUUCAUCCCCAACCCUCAUACCGCCGUACUCCCAGUAUUGGCUGAUUUUGUACUUCCCAAUAUAGAUUUCCCAAUUUUGGAAAGAGCACCUCCUUCACCUCCAACAAGGUCACCUACUCCUACUCCAACUCCUACUCCAACUCCUACUCCAACUCCUACUCCAACUCCUACUCCAACUCCUACUCCAACUCCUACUCCUACUCCUACUCAAACUACUACAUUGUCUCCAACAACAACAACUACUACUACAACUACAGGUUCACCAACUACCACGUCUACACCAACUCCAAUCCCAACAACUACAUCAACUCCAACACCAAUCCCAACCACCUCUACUACAUCUUCAACUUCAGGUACACCUAAUCCAUUAUCACUUACCUCUACUACAACUACUUCAACUACAUCGUCGUCAACAACAGGAACUAUACCACCAAUUCCAAUGUAUGGUGUUGGAUUCCAUGUUUACUUUGAUUUAAAUAGAAAUGGAAUACAAGAUCCAGAGGAAAGAGGUGUUCCCAACAACUAUCUUCGUCUUGUUACACCGAGUGGAGCUGUUGCCAAAGAUUUCCAAGGCAAUAAUGUGGUACCUACUGCCACCGAUCUCAACGGUGUAUACUACUUUGAUAAUUUAGCCGAGGGAUUCUAUAUGAUACAGGUCGAGGUUUAUGGACGUAUGCAGAUGGUACAGACACCAAUCACAGACCCACCCAACAACCGAACCAAACCAUUCUACCUCGGAUCAAAUAACCCCAACAUGGUCCAAGUACCAGCUGGAUAUCCCAUCAAGGCUACAUCGGUCGAUCCCACCAUCAACAUUGGUAUCUACACUCUGCCAGUUGGUCUAUCUGGUAUUGUUUGGUUUGAUGACAAUCGUGAUGGAUCUUAUCAAGACGGUGAACUCUUAUUGACCGAUGUUGAAGCUUCCAUCUACAUGGAUGUUAGUACUCCCAUCAACCGUGUAUUACAACAUCGUCAUUCAUCUUCCUAUGAUCAACUCUAUUCGUUUAUUAACUCGGUCUCUAAAAAAAGAGGUUCUACGUCGAAAAGGGUUGUUGGUGGUCCACAAAGUAAAAUUGCUCAAGCCACCGCCGACAAUACUCUUGGAAACACAAUCAAUGAUGUGUUUAGUUUAUUCGAUAUUCCAACCUCAACUGGAUAUAGUGAAGUUACUACUUUUACAAGUUUCACUGGAUUAACUGAAAGUGGAUUUACUGGGUUGACAGGGAUGACAGGAUUAUCAGGAGAUGAUGGAUCUGGUGAUACACCUACAUCAACAACUACAUCAACAACAUCAACACCUUUUUCACGAUCAUCAACUACUACAGGAUUACCAGCAGGAACAGGAUUCCCACCAACUACACCAGAAUUGUAUGAACAAGAUGGUGUAAAGACACCAUUACCAGAUAGAUCACCACAUGCUCCACCUAUAUUGGCACCUGCCUAUGAUGUCAAAGGAAAUGAAUUGAAACCAGUUAAAACAAGUGCAGCUGGUGCCUUUGAAUUUAGUCAUUUACCAGACUAUUCAGAGUAUGUUGUUAGAUUUACGUCGCCCAAUGCCAACUGGACGAUCACCAAGAAUACGUUGUUUGGUAUCAAGUCAUGUCUGGCAUUUUCAAGUGGUAUCACACCGGCCAUCAAUAUCGCUCAACACGGUGUCAUUAUUCCAAGCAAGGAUCCGGAAUAUGACGGUGACUAUAUCGAGUUUCAAGAGACCAAUUGUGGAUACUACAAACCAUACAGUUUCUCGGUCGGUGAUCAGCUGUGGUAUGACACAAAUGGAGACGUGCUCCCAUCCUCUGGAUCAACUGCUGCCUUUGUACUUGACCCUCGGUCACCAGACGUUCGUACGUCGACUGGACUUGACGGUGUGCCUGAUUUCUACAUCAACGAUAUCGAAGAUGCCGGUCUUGUCCCCGGCACUCCACCCCCACCUCCACCCGUGUAUGCAGUUGGUCGAUACGUAUGGUACGACGAGAACCACAACCUUAAACGUGACCCAGGCGAGCCCGGUGUAUUUGGCGCCGUCGUUGCUCUGCUCGACGAGUAUGGCAACCCUGCCUUUGACCUGGUCGGUAAUCCUGUCCAGGUAUUCUCCACCAAUGCCUCUGGAUACUACAUCUUUGACAAUCUGGCCGCAAGCACCUACCAAAUCCAAUUCUCCAACCUACCCAAACGAUACAUGGUCGAGGAAGGUCAAAAAAUCAACUUCCUCACCAACCGCAUUGAAACGGUCGUCCUUGGCGAGAACCUACCCCUCAUCACUGAUCCAGCCAGCUACAUCAUGCCAGGUGACCAGAGUCUACCACUCAAAGCAAAGAAAGUCGAUUCCACGGAGAAUGUUGGUAUUGUCCCAGUUGUUUUGAUUGGAUUUGGUGAUGAAGUAUUCUUUUAUCGAGAGGAUGGUGUACGUGUCGCAGUCAAGAAUGUGACUGCCACUCUUACAGAUUGGAAGGGUGCAGUGGUGUUUGACGUAGACAAGGCCAGUGCAGAUGCCAAGGUCACCAAUGUUCGUGGGCAAUAUAGAUACGAUAAUUUGGCACCGGGUAGAUACAUCAUGACUUGGAGUAACUACCCAGCUGGAUUUGUCCCUGUCAACCCAGUAUCUGGAACCACGUCAUUUGACCUCUACCCAGGUGCAUCUGGGGUACGUCUCACCACACCUCGAGACUUUGCACCCAAGUCACUCUAUUUCAACCCAAAUAUUGAUCUCGAGUUAAAACCACCUACCGUGUUUGCAAUUGGAUCGUUUGUAUGGUUUGAUGCCAACAAAAAUGGUUUGUUUGACGACAAUGAAAAGCCAGUACCCGAUAUCAAGGUGACUCUGUAUGCUAUAUCUGAUUCAGGCACGGAUCUCAUUUUGGCACGUGAUAUUACACACGAACCCAUCCCCAUCAAGUUUACCGAUAGCAGGGGGGAGUAUUAUUUCGACGGUCUCCCACCCAAUGGCUAUGUUGUCAAGUUUGACAUCGACCACGCCAACCCUCUACAGGCCAACUUGUCAUUUACAAGACAGGGUGCACAAGGUGGCGUCAACUCGGAUGCCAACUCGCUGGGUUACACACCGACCAUCUAUCUCUUCCCGUUGGCACCAGGUUUGGAAAAGUCACCGAGCUUUAUCAGCGCGCAUGCAUGGAACCCACGUGUGGACGCUGGUUUGGUGCUGGGUCAAGCUCCGAUCGAGUCGUAUGCCGUGGGACACUUUGUAUGGUACGAUGCCAAUGAUGACGGUAUCUAUGAUCCAAACGACGGUGACAGUCCACAAGCAGGAAUUGGUGUGUUUUUGGUCGACGCUAGAAACGAGAGUCCGGCAUCGACCAUGAAUGGUGUGCCCGUCAAGGAGAUCAUGACCGAUGCCAAUGGUCGAUACAUGUUUGAUAAUAUCCCACAGGGUACAUACUAUGUCCAGUUCUUUAACGAUUUUCCAUUGAUGUGGAGUGACAAGACCAAACCAAAUACUGUGACGUUUAGAACACCCGACUUUACUCUGUCACCCACCACUACUCGUGGGUCUGCUCCCGAGGACAAUGUGACGGCUGUCUAUAUCGACGACCAGCAAAAUGGAGCACUCAUCAACAUCACCAUGAUGGCCAUUGGAAAUUAUGUAUGGUAUGACACUAAUAGCGACGGUAUCGCCGACAUGCUCACCGAACCACCUGCUGUAAACAUCCUGCUCCUCAUUAUGUAUGAAUCAAUCUUGUUUGCGUACGCCAAGACCGAUGCCAAUGGUAUCUACUACUUUGACGGACUUCCACCUGGAACCUUUUCCAUUCUACUCGGUGACAGUGGUGCACAGGCCGAGUCGACCAUCCCCAACGCUGGCGACGGUACCAAUGACAGUAAAAUGAUUAAUGGCACCAUCCCCCUUAUUGCCCUCAACCCCUACGACACUCAAAACUAUGUGCCGGUCGACCCCGCGAUCGAUGGUAACUUGGUGGCCAAGCUAGUCAACCGAAACGAAGACAUUGGACUUGUCAAAUACACAGUCUUUGCAGUUGGUACCUAUGUAUGGUUAGACGACAAUAGAAACGGUAUCAAAGACGAUGGUGAAAAAAAUCUCCCACCAGGUGUCGAAAUUGAACUCUUUGUCUCUGACAAUAUGAGUAGAGUCAUUAAACCAGCAGUUGACCUUCACAACAAUGUAAUCAAGGCUGUCACUGGAGAAGAUGGGACAUACUAUAUCGACAAUUUAAUGACUGGUGAUUAUAUUGCCAUUUUCUCAAAUAUCCCCAAAGACAUGGUCUACACUAAAAUGGGCUUUUCCAACAAGGCCGCUCAGAAUGGGUACACUGCCAAGUUUACAGUCACCCUCGCAACGACCGUCCCAGUCAAUGCAAGUAUGCCCAAACUGACAGCGACGCGGUGCAUGUGUGAGAUCAAUGCCGGUGUCAUGACAUACACGUUGAUUCAACCAACUGCUAUCUCUGGCUAUGUCUACUUUGACCUCAACGAUAAUGGUGUAAAGGAUUUGGGUGAACCGCCCGUUCCAGACACUACAUUUGUUCAGUUGAUCGAUUCUAAUGGUUCUCCAGCCAUUGAUUUCCUCGGUCGACCUUUUUUGGCCGUCGUCACAGAUGCAAAUGGUUACUAUGUAUUUGAUAAUGUUCAACCUGGUAAAUACUCUAUUUUGUUUACAGACACUCCGUCUGGUUACAUCUUUAAAUAUCCAACUUCAAUCAGUACACUAGAAGUAUCUACACUGAUUGCUGAUAUCUCUGAAAACAAUACACUCAUUCAACCAACCAUCAAGGAAGAUCAAGCACCCCUCUCUGUACUCAUUCUGCGUCAACAAAAUGCUGAUGUUGUUAAACAACCAACAUUUGCAGUUGGUAGUCAAGUCAUUGUCGAUCCACUUGGCACGGUACUCACGUAUGAUGGUAGUGGUGUCACUGUUACACUGACUGUACACGGUCAACCAGCACUCGAUAUUUUUGGCAAGGAAAUCCCCUCGGUCGUCACCAAUUCAACAGGAUACUAUUAUUUUGACAAUCUACCACAAUCUGAUGGGUAUCGUGUUACCUUUGACAAUUUGGAUGAUUCUUGGGUCUACAGUUUACUCAGAUCCGCCAGUAUCGACCAAGCACUCAGUCGAAACGUCACACUUGAAGCAUUUGGUCUUGCCCCACAAAUUGCCAAUAUUGAACCAACCAACAAAGACUUGUUCCCAGACAUUCUCGCCGAAAAGAUGAACAACAAACAAAAUGUAGUCGUUUCUCCAUUGAUUCUUGGUAUUGGAGACAAAACAUUUGAAGAUUUGUUGCGUCCAGCCGACGGUCUACAAACUCUAUCUAUUGCCAACAUGAGAGGAGUAGAGGUGACAUUGGGUGACAAGAACAAGCAGCCCGUCGCCGAUGCCUAUGGAAAGGUUGUAGACCCACAAAUUACAGGUGAUGUUGGAGACUAUACAUUCUUUGGAUUGUUGCCAGGUACAUACUAUGUCCACUUUGACUUGCCCGAUGGAUAUAUAUUUGUACCUUCAAGACAAAGUGGUUUGGUCAUGCCAGGUACUAGUAUCGACUCUGAUGCCAAUCCAGAUGGUUGGAGUAAUUUGGUUGACCUCGUCAUCAACUUUGCCAGUAUCGAUACACGUUUUAAAGUUGCACCAUCACUUGAAGACAAGGGAACGAUUGCAAUUGACUUUACCAUUGAUGCUGGGUAUGUCCGUACAUCUGCCACCGAUGGUUUCAUUACUGGUCAUUCUUUUAUCGAUUAUAAUAUGAAUGGUAUUAAAGACAAGACUGACAAGUAUACCGGAGGUAUUACAGUCACAAUUUAUGAUGGACCUGUUCGUGUUGCAUCACAGGUGACAGCAAUAGACGGUACCUAUCUAUUUAAUAAUCUUGUAGUUGGAAACACAUACCAAGUAGUCUUUACCGAUGUACCAAAUGGAUACAACCCAACUAUUGCAAGUGGUAGUGGUAUGGUUGGAUCAGACGUUCAAUAUCCAACCGCAUCUGCAUCGGAAAUUAACUUUGGUAUCGUUAAUAAUUUCGAGUAUUGUCAGGAUGACCCAGUCAUUGGUAUUUCUUGUUUUGUCUCUGAUCCUGCCAACAACCCAAUGACACAAGCUGCCGAGCCCGUCUUUGUCACCUUUCCCUACAUUGCCAGAACCACACCUCAAGGCAACUUUUUCUUUAACGGUACACAGAGAAUGGCUCGUUAUGACGAUAUAAAUACUAUCUAUGGUGUUGCAUACGAUCGACGUGACCAAGUUUGGUUCUUGACUCCAUUCCAAAAAUUCAGAACAAAGGUUAGAUCGUCGGGAAGUAUUUAUCGUGUCGCUGGACCAGGCAACUUUACCGAAUACAUCAAUAUCAAUCUUAUCAUCAAGGAUGCCUAUAAUGUCAAUGGUACCGAUGGUUCAAACAAGUAUGUCUAUGAAAGUAUGUUUGGAGAUAUUGAUAUUGCCGGAGACUAUAUCUACACGACCGUCCUCAACAAACGAAGUGUCCUCAAGAUCCCACUCAGAACAACACCUACCCUUGCCAACAUUGAAAUCAAGUCUCCACCCAACCCAUGCGUUAGAAGACGUGAUUGGAAUAUCUUUGGUCUUGGUUAUGACGGUGUUCACAUGCAUGUAGGUGGUAUUUGUUCGGGUAAAACACGUCAAAACUUUACCGAUCUCGAAGCCUAUGUGUAUCGUCUAGAAGACGAUGGUUCAUUUACCAAUAUUCUCACAAUCAAUAUGUCCUAUCCAAGAGGAACGAUUCAAUGUCAAUUGUUUUACAACUUUACAACCAAGUCGUAUUUCUGUCCUAUUCCAGUCCCAUCGGACGGUCAGUCGACUUGGAAUCUGAACGCAUCGGCAGUUUGGGAACCAUGGCCAUGGAUUGAAAAUAUCAAUGAAGUAUUUGCUCCACAUGGUGCUCUAUCUGAUAUUGUCUUUAUAGGCUACCAAGGAGACAUGGUACUUGGUUUCAAAGAUCGUGAUGGUGAUGCUGGUCUGGUCGUACCAGCAGGUGACCAGUUGUACGCGUGUAAAGAUCCGAAUACCGGUAAAUAUGUCUUGGAAAGCGGUGGCAAUUGUGGCAACUUUAUAGGUGCGCAUAGGGGCGCCACGGGUGUACGAGGGUCUGCAGAAGGACCUGGAGGAGGAGAGUUUUUCGACGACAAUUUCAGAGACACCUCCAACAAGUGGGUUCACGACGAGACUGCAUUUGGAAACAUGGUUCAUCUGCCUGGAUCCGGUGAGGUUGUGGGUAGUGCCUACGAUCUCUAUUCAGUGCAAGAAGGUGUUGUACAUCAUUACAGUACGACCACUGGUAAAAGAAACUAUUCAUUUAAACUGAUCGAUACCAAUGCCAUUUCCAAUCAAUUUGGCAAACUCAAUUCUCUUGGAGACAUGGACUUGAAUUGUAAUGAAGCACCCAUUCAAGUAGGUGACUUGGUAUGGGAGGAUUUAGACCGAAACGGAGUACAAUCUAGUACUGAACCGGGUGUACCCAACCUCACCAUCUCCAUCACCGACGACAUGACCAAAGAAAUAUUCACCACCUCUACCAAUGCCAAAGGAUUCUACUCUUUUACUCAACUCAAAGCAGAAACCAGUUACACCAUCCUCUUUACCAUCCCUGGUGGUUACGUUGCCACCACUACUACUCCCACCGGAAUUACUACAUCUAAACCAAACUCUACCGGUUCCUUUACCUUUAGAACUGGUCUACCAGGAAAAGCAAUCCCAAAUAUUGAUUUUGGUAUUCAUAAAAUUUAA